AUGGCAGAGACAGCAGUACCAAUCCCGUCCCCUCCGGGGCUGCCUCUCAUCGGCAAUGUCACAGACAUCGACCCCAACUUUCCUCUGGGCUCAUUAUUGAACAUGGCAGAGACUUAUGGUGAGAUAUACCGGAUGAACCUCGCAGGAAGAAGCGUGGCCGUGGUAUCCUCAUACGCCCUCAUCAAUGAGGUCUGCAACGAGAAGCGGUUCAAGAAGGAGAUCAAGGGCGUGCUCUCCGAAGUCAGGUCGGGCGUGCACGACGGCCUCUUCACGGCCAAGGGACCCGAGGAGCCCAACUGGGGGAUCGCCCACAGGGUGCUGAUGCCCGCCUUCGGCCCCAUGUCCAUCAACGGCAUGUUCGAGGACAUGCACGACAUUGCGAACCAGCUGGCCAUGAAGUGGGCGCGGCACGGGCCCAGCCACCCCAUCAAGGUCACCGACGACUUCACGCGGCUGGCCUUGGACACGCUGGCCCUGUGCUCCAUGGACUACCGGUUCAACUCUUUCUACCACGACGAGAUGCAUCCUUUUAUCGAGGCCAUGGGUGGGUUUCUGGUCGAAUCGGGCAACCGCUCGCGGCGUGCUCUCCCGUCCAUCUUCUACCGGGAAGCAGAUCGGAAGUACGAGAAGGACAUUGAGAUCAUGCGCAAGACGGCCGAUGAUGUGCUCAAGUACAGAAAGGAGAACCCUUCUGAUCGCAAAGACCUGUUGAAUGCCAUGCUUAACGGCAAGGAUCCGAAAACAGGCCAGAAAAUGACGGAUCAGAGCAUUACGGAUAACCUCAUCACAUUCUUGAUCGCAGGCCACGAGACUACUGGCGGCACGCUGUCGUUUGCCUUUUACAACCUGCUCAAGCACCCCGAGGUGUACCGCAAGGCACAGCAGGAGGUUGACGAGGUUGUGGGCACAGGACCCAUCACAGUGGAGCACGUCUCGAAACUGCAGUAUAUUCAGGCUAUCCUGCGUGAAACGUUACGACUCACGCCCACCAUUGCCAGUAUAGCCGUCAGCCCACGCAAAGAUGAGAUUAUUGGUGGCAAGUACCAGUUGACAACCCAAGACACACUGCUGCUCCUGGUUGCAAAAUCACAAGUCGACCCUGCUGUCUUUGGAGAGACGGCACAAGAAUUCCAGCCCGAGAGGAUGCUGGAGGACAACUUCAACCGCCUCAACAAAGAAUUCCCCAACUCCUGGAAGCCCUUUGGCAAUGGCGAGAGAGCGUGUAUUGGACGGCCUUUUGCCUGGCAGGAAGCAACACUGGCCAUCGCCCUCCUCCUGCAGAACUUCAACUUUAUGUUUGACGAUCCCAGCUACACGCUGACGCUGCAACAAACGCUCACCAUCAAGCCGAAAGACUUCCAGAUGCGCGCGGUACUCCGCCACGGGCUCACAGCCACUCAGCUGGAACAUCGGCUCAACGGUACCACACCCACACCCCUGGAGAACUCGGUUGCCAGCCUGUCGCUUUCGCCGGGCCAGAAAGCCACGGCUAACAAGGGCAAGCCGAUGAGCGUCUUCUACGGGUCAAACGCCGGCACCUGUGAAUCUCUGGCCAGCCGUCUCGCCACCGACGCAACCAAGCACGGGUUCAAUGUCGCCACAAUUGAUUCUCUAGAUGUGGCUCAUCAGAAUCUCCCCACUGAUCAGCCCGUCGUCAUCAUCACAGCGUCCUACGAAGGCGAGCCCCCAGACAACGCGGCUCUUUUCUGCAACUGGAUCCAGGGCCUGAAGGGCAAGGAGCUGGAAAAUGUGUCGUUUGCUGUGUUUGGAUGUGGUCACCACGACUGGGCGGCGACAUUUCACAAGAUCCCGAAGAUGGUCGAUGUCACUCUCGAGAAGCUUGGUGCAGCAAGACUGGCACCAUUGGGGGUUGCUGAUGCCGCCGAGUCUGACUUGUUCUCGAGGUUCGAGGCGUGGGAGGACGAGAUCCUUUGGCCAUCUCUGAAGGAGAAGUACGGCGUCGCUGCAGCAGAUUCUCAAAAUGGAGAGUCUCUCCAGAGCGGCGUUUCGGUCGAGAUCUCCACACCUCGAUCCUCGACUCUGAGGCAGGAUGUGAAGGAGGCUGUUGUUCUGUCGACGAGCGACCUAACUUCCCCCGAGGCUCCCACCAAGAAGCAUAUGGAGAUCCAGCUCCCCAGCGACAGGUCCUACUCUGCUGGUGAUUAUCUCGCCGUCUUGCCAAUCAACCAUAAGGAUGUCGUCCACCGCGCCCUCCGACGAUUCAAGCUACCUUGGGAUGCCCACGUCACCAUCAAAUCCGACAGUGCCACCACUCUGCCUACGGGCUACCCCGUGCCUGCCUCUGAUGUCCUGGGCGCAUAUGUAGAGCUCCUGCAACCGCUGACCAAGCGAAGCAUCACCGCACUGAGCGAGGCAGCAGAGGACGAGGUCACGAAGACCGCCCUAGAGCGUCUCUCCGGAGAAGGCUACGCCGACAUCGUGAGCAAGCGCGUGUCCCUGCUCGACCUCCUGGAGCAGUUCCCUUCGGUCAACCUCCCCUUUGCAACCUUUCUUUCUCUCCUCCCGCCGAUGCGCGUCCGCCAGUACUCCAUCUCCUCCUCCCCCCUCGCGGACCCGACGCACUGUACUCUCAGUUACUCCGUCCUCGAUGCCCCCGCCCUGUCCGGCACGGGCCAGCGGUACCUGGGCGUCGCCACUUCUUACCUCGCCAGCCUGCAGCCGGGCGAUAAGCUGCAUGUCGCCAUCCGCCCCAGCCACGCGAGCUUCCACCUUCCCAUCGACAGCGAAAAGACGCCUGUCGUCAUGAUCGCGGCAGGGACAGGUCUGGCUCCCUUCCGUGGGUUUAUCCAAGAGCGGGCCGCUAUGCUCGCCGCGGGGCGCAAACUCGCGCCGGCCAUGCUUUUCUUUGGCUGCCGGCAUCCGGACCAGGAUGACCUGUACCGAAAGGAACUGGAGAGGUGGCAAGAAUUGGGGGCAGUGGACGUGCGGCGGAGCUACUCGCGUCUUGCUGAGGCCAGCGAGGGUUGCGCUCAUGUGCAGGACCGGCUGUGGCUGGACCGGCGCGAUGUGCAGAGCCUUUGGGACGCGGGCGCCAAGGUAUACGUCUGUGGGAGUAGGGGCGUAUCGGACUCGGUGCGGGAGGUGGCUAUUCGGAUGUAUGUGGACGGGGCCAAGGAGAGGCAUGGGAAGGAGUUGAGUGUAGAGGAGGCGACGGAGAGGUUUGAUGCUGUGCGGUACGAGAGGUUCGCCACGGAUGUUUUUGACUGA